GUUACCAUCGUCGUCUUAGUCGUCCAUCGCCGCGAAAAAUAAAAGUGCGUAUCGCUUUGAGUGCCAAUUGAUUGGGUUCCUGCUGGUUGUAGAGCCCGCUUUGUUGAACACAUCAAUUGAAUUAGCGGUUGGCAGCGAGGAAGCCGAAAGGAAAUGCCCAACGUCUGGAUUACUCACAUUGGAUUACAGUGAAAUAAAAAUAUUUUCAAUGAUCAACGGACAGAAUGACUAAACGAAGGUUUUUUAGUCUGCCACUUGUUGUCCUUGCUGUCUGCUACGCUGCGUUGAGCUGCGGUGCCUAUAGGAAUGUUCAGCCGGAAGCAAGCGCCUUUCUUCGCGAUAGCGUUGAAGCAGUUCCUCCACGAGUUUACGAGAAAACCGCAGCUUAUACGGCUGAAGAUGUCUUCGGCACAAAAUCCCUCCCUCUACGAAACGCUGUUGAAAGUGCGCCAGUCAAUUUGGUCGAUGAACAUCUACCUCUGCGAGAUGCGGUAGAGUUUCGCAUUAUAGACAUGGAUAACGCAAUUGAGGAUGUGGUUAGUGAGGUUAAAUCAGUCAUCACAUCUGAACAGCAACGUGUAGAAUCGGCGGAAACCUUCGACUACCGGGCGCCUGACAGUCCCAUUUUCCAGAAUAAAUAUGCUGCUUAUUCCUUCCCAAUGCAUUAUGACACGAAAAACCCUCAACCAUUCAGAUUUGGUUCGCCCUAUCAACAGCUUGUGGAUGUCAACACAUUAAAACAACUUCCAACGAUUGAAUACAAUCAAUACAAUCAUCCCGAAAAGUUACAAGUCGAAAACUUGAAGCAAGGAAAAUCCGAUUAUAAAGUUAUUUGUCACAUUACUAACUGGGCUUUCUAUCGGAAAGAUGACGCACAGUUCGUUCCGGAGCAAAUCGAUAGUAAACUGUGUACACACAUAAUCUAUUCGUUUGCCACGCUGGACCCCAUGAGCCUGAUGAUGAAAGAGUUUGACUCGUGGGCUGACAAAGAAAACAACCUUUAUGGUAGAACUAUUAAAUCCAGUGGUUCCGUUCCGGUAUUACUUGGGAUCGGUGGAUGGACCGAUUCGGUAGGUGACAAAUACUCCUCAAUGGUUGGUUCGCGCACAAAUCGUCAAAAGUUCAUAAUUAGUGCCAUAGCCUUUCUAAAGGCACAUGGAUUUUCUGGUCUACAUUUUGACUGGAAUUAUCCAGUUUGCUGGCAAAGUGAUUGUUCGAAAGGACCUUCUAGUGAUAGGCCGAAUCUGACCAACCUAAUGAAAGAAAUGCAACGGGAAUUUUCCAAGGAAAAUCUUCUGAUAACUAUGAGUAUUUCAGGGUACAAGGAAGUGAUUACGGAAGCCUAUGAAAUAGCCCAACUGUCCAAUAUAGUUGAUUUUAUGACCGUCAUGACCUACGAUUAUCACGGGUCAUGGGAAUCCCAAACAGAUCACGUGAGUCCCUUGUACGGUAGAGCUGGUGACAAAUACCCACAGUAUAACGUGGACUACACUAUGCAACUGCUAUCGAAGAUGGGAGCUGUAAAGGAAAAACUCAUAAUGGGAGUUCCGAUGUAUGGACAAACAUUCAUGUUAACUCGUUCCAGAGAUAAAAAUGAGCUUCCUGGUAUUGGCACACAAGCAUCUGGUCCAGGGAAUGCUGGUGAAGAUACUAGGCAGCCAGGCAUGUUAGCCUAUUACGAAAUUUGUUACCGAGUUCGUAAGCAAAGGUGGGCGGUUGGACGCGAUUCUUCAAUGUCUGGACCAUAUGCUACAUGGAAGGAUCAAUGGGUGGGCUAUGAUGAUCCUGUGUCUGCCACGGCUAAGGCAAAAUAUGUAAUCAAGUCCGGUUAUGGCGGAAUUGCUGCAUGGACAAUCGAUUUGGAUGACUUCCAGAACAAAUGUUGCGAAGAACGAUAUCCUGUACUAAGUGCCAUCAAUCGGGCUCUCGGUAGAUUAAGAACACCUCAACCAACAGUUGUUGACUGUACUCGUCCAGUGCAGCCAGUUACACCAUCUCCUGCAGAAAUGACCAUAACUGUAGAUACUGGCGGUGGUGGAAUAGGUACAACAUCUGCUACUACAUGGCCUUCGUGGACAGAAGCUACAACCACAAGGCCAACAACUACAACAACAACGCGUAGAACUACUACAUCAACGACCACAACAACUACCGAGGCCCCCACUACAACGACCAGAAGAACCACCCGCAGCACAACAACCACGAGAAGACCUACCACCACUUCGACGACCACCACGACGUACGUACCACCGACAACAACCGUAGGAACAACUAUACCCGUUCCAGGACUUGUUCAACCCGAACUAACAGAGGGAGAACCAUGCGAACCAAAUCAAUACAAAGCCCACCCUUACAGUUGCAAUUCAUACUAUCGUUGCGUGUACGGAGAGUUCAAACAGCAGUAUUGCGCCGGUGGUCUUCAUUGGAAUGAGGCAGCGAACUUGUGCGAUUGGCCUGCUUCUGCCAAAUGUACAAAGGAUACAGCAGCACUACCUCCGGCUGCUGACAUACCCACUACUACCCCAACUACCACUACUACCACCACAAGAGCCCCGACCACUACUACCACCACAAGAGCUCCGACCACUACGACACGGAGAAGAACUACAAGUUCAACUUCCUCAACUCAGCCUGCCUGGUGGUGGACAACGACCCAAAAACCUGAACCCACUCCGCCAAAGGCAACUCGACCAUCUAAGAAACCUGUCACUACAACCAAGAAACCUCCACAGAGACCAGUCGACAAGUGUGUCAAUGGAGAGUACUAUCCGCACAAGAGCUGUGACAGUUUCUAUAUAUGCGUCAACGAAAAGAAGAUCGCUCAACAGUGUGGCCCAGGACUUUUCUGGAACACAGAUGAAAAGAGUUGCGAUUGGGAGGAUAACGUGAACUGUGUUAGCCGUGCGCAGUAUUACAAAUUGUUGAACAAAUAUUCCAAAUCAGCUGCAUUGAAGGUCUUGUCGGAAGAUGAUCCAUGUGAUGGCCACACUCAUGUUCCAUACCCCGGUGAUUGUGCCCAAUAUCUGGUUUGCAAUUGGGGACGCCUUGAAGCGGCCAGCUGUGCCGAUGGACUUCACUGGAAUGCGGAGCGUAUGAUCUGCGAUUGGCCCGCAAACGCCAAAUGCACUCAGCUGGAGAGUACUGAGAAUAGUUCUGAAGAAGGUGGUGAGUCGGUUGUAGAUCAAGGCCUGGACAUUGAUGGUCCCCAUCAUAAACCAACUACAACAACUACAACGACUACGACUACUACCACUACUACAACCACUCCGGUACCCAUUCUAGAGCCAUUAUCCGGGUAUUACAAAAUGGUUUGUUAUUUCACAAACUGGGCCUGGUAUCGAAAAGGCUACGGUAAAUAUACUCCGGAUCACAUCAGAACGGAUUUAUGUACGCACAUUGUUUAUGGGUUCGCUGUGUUGGACUAUUCAUCACUUACGAUCAAAACACACGAUUCGUGGGCUGAUAUUGACAACAAAUUCUACACACGUGUUGUGGAAGCCAAAAAUAAGGGUGUCAAGGUGACUCUAGCAAUUGGUGGAUGGAACGAUUCGGCUGGUGAUAAGUACAGUCGAUUGGUUCGCAGCGCUUCGGCUAGAGCCAAGUUUAUUGAACAUGUAAUUGGUUUUCUGGAGAAAUAUGGCUUCGAAGGAUUGGAUCUAGAUUGGGAAUACCCUGUAUGCUGGCAGGUCGACUGUAAAAAGGGUUUUGCGGAUGAGAAAGAAGGUUUUGCAAGUUUAGUGCGAGAGCUGUCGCAGGCUUUCAAGCCUAGGGGUUUGCUGCUUUCAGCAGCUGUUUCGCCUAGUAAAACAGUUAUUGAUGCUGGAUAUGAUGUUCCAACUUUGGCAAAGUACUUCGAUUGGAUCGCUGUGAUGACGUACGAUUUCCACGGUCAAUGGGAUAAGAAAACAGGUCAUGUUGCUCCUCUCUACUACCAUCCAGAAGAUGAGAUAGACUUCUUUAAUGCGAACUACUCCAUGAACUACUGGAUCCAACUGGGAGCACCAUCCAGAAAAUUGGUUAUGGGUAUGCCUUUGUAUGGUCAAGCAUUUACUCUUGCCGAUCAAAAGAAUAAUGGACUGAACGCAAAGGCACCUGGAGCUGGACAAGCUGGAGAAUUCACUCGUGCUGCAGGAUUUCUUGCUUACUAUGAGAUUUGCGAUCGAAUUCAGAACAAGGGAUGGACAGUAGUUCAGGAUGAUUUAAAACGAAUGGGUCCGUAUGCGUACAAGGGUAAUCAAUGGGUAUCAUUUGAUGACAAGGAGACUCUACUGCGCAAAGUACAGUUCAUCCGAGCAAUGAAUCUAGGCGGUGGCAUGAUUUGGGCACUUGAUCUGGACGACUUCAAAAACCGUUGCGGUAAUGGACAUCAUCCGCUGUUGACUGCCAUUCGCGAAGGACUGCGAGAUUCUCCCAAUGGGGCGGAAGCCAUUCCGUCAACGGUUCCAGAACCGUCCAAGGAGGAAGAGAAGCAUGAAUCGAUCGACACCAAUAGCGUUGAAACCCACCAAGGAAAUUCCGAAGUAGCGAUCGAUGUUAUCGACGAAGAAACCUCCAACCAAGAUGAGAAUUCAAUAGAAUCCGAUGAGGACUACAAAGUCGUAUGCUAUUUUACUAACUGGGCGUGGUAUCGCCAGGGCAAUGGAAAGUACUUACCAGAAGACAUAGACGCUGAUUUGUGCACCCACAUAGUGUAUGGAUUCGCGGUGUUAGACCGGGAAAGACUGACAAUAAAACCACAUGAUUCUUGGGCCGACAUCGAUAACCGAUUCUAUGAGCGAGUUGUCGAAUACAAAAAGAAGGGGAAGAAGGUAACGGUUGCCAUCGGUGGAUGGAAUGAUUCCGCUGGAGACAAAUACAGUAGACUAGUACGAAAUGCUGAAGCUCGACAGAAAUUUAUAGCUGACGUGAUUGCCUUCAUCGAAAAGUAUGGAUUCGAUGGAUUGGACCUGGACUGGGAAUAUCCCGUGUGCUGGCAGGUUGACUGCAAAAAGGGCUUCGAAGAUGAGAAGGAAGGAUUUGCCAGCCUUGUUGUAGAACUAUCGAAGGCAUUCAAACCUAAAGGAUUGCUUUUGUCAUCCGCGGUUUCACCGAGCAAGAAAGUUAUCGAUGAAGGAUAUGAUGUUGUGACACUGUCCGAUUAUAUGGAUUGGAUAGCCGUUAUGGCCUACGAUUACCAUGGUCAGUGGGAUAAGAAAACUGGCCACGUUGCUCCGAUGUACGAACAUCCGGACGAUUUUGACAAAACCUUCAAUGCGAACUUCACUAUCCACUAUUGGAUAGAACAAGGAGCCAAUCCGCGAAAGCUUGUAAUGGGAAUGCCGAUGUAUGGCCAAUCAUUCUCUCUAGCCGAUAACAAAGAGCAUGGAUUGAAUGCAAAGACCUAUGGUGGCGGCGAAGCAGGAGAAUCAACUCGUGCCAGAGGUUUCCUCUCUUAUUACGAAAUUUGUGCUAACAUCAGGAAUAAAAAAUGGACUGUUGUCCGAGACAGGAAAGGCCGUAUGGGUCCUUAUGCGUAUAAGGGAGAUCAAUGGGUAUCUUUCGACGACCAAUAUAUGAUUCGGCACAAGAGUGAAUACGUAAAAGCAAUGGGCCUAGGUGGUGCUAUGAUUUGGGCUUUGGACCUGGACGAUUUCCGUAAUUUAUGUGACUGUGAAGAAUAUCCACUAUUGAGAACAAUUAACAGGGUGUUACGAAACUAUCCUGGACGCGGGCCUAGAUGUGUUCUGGAGAAAGAACCACAACGCGAAGAGCCGCGGCCAACUCGUCCCCCGCCGAACACUACUCCAGAAACUACAAGACGGCCUUCGACUACCACAACUACCAGGCGUACCACCACUACCACUGCUACAACUUCAAGACGUACUACAACGAGUACAACCACCACUACUAGGCGACCUACAACCACCACGAGAAGAACAUCUGCCAGGCCAACAUACACUACAACAAGCACUCCUUCAUACCAAGAAAUCGCUAACGAAGUUGAAGAGCAAAGCUGCAUAGAUGGAAAACUAUUUAUUCCACAUCCUUCUGAUUGUAGCAAAUACUACAUCUGCCAAUACGGAAAACUGUACGAGCAAAAAUGUCCCGCUGGACUGUACUGGAGCGAGGACCACUGUGAUUGGCCUCAAACCACCAGCUGUCGUAACAAGCAAACGGACACUGCAGUAACUACCAAAAAGCCUUCAUACCAGACAACUCAACGCACGACCACUACACGGCCACCAAAGCGCACCAAAACAACCGCCCGAACCACUACGGCAGGCUGGAAGCCUGAGUCAACCACAACGGCUUGGUGGUCACCUGAAUCAUCUAGUAUGGUUUGGUGGUCUCCGGAUACCACCAGCAAGCGACCAACUCGACCACCGGUCGUGCAUACAGACGUCCAGACAACCGGGAACGAUGAUUUCAAAGUGGUUUGCUAUUUCACUAACUGGGCGUGGUAUCGGCAAGGGGAUGGAAAGUAUACGCCGGAUGACGUGGAUCCGAAUCUCUGUACGCACAUAGUUUACGGGUUCGCUGUGCUGGAUCGUGAAUCACUAACUAUCAAGACACAUGACUCAUGGGCCGAUAUUGACAAUGGGUUCUACGAACGAGUGGUAGAGCACAAACGACGAGGUACUAAGGUUACUUUAGCCCUUGGUGGGUGGAAUGAUUCUCUGGGUGAUAAGUACAGCAAACUUGUGCGCAGUGCAUCAGCUAGGCGCAAAUUUGUAAAGCAUGCCGUCGAGUUUAUUGAGAAAUACAACUUUGAUGGUUUAGAUCUGGAUUGGGAAUAUCCUGUUUGCUGGCAGGUGGAUUGCAAAAAGGGUUUCCCUGAUGAAAAAGAAGGAUUUGCAGAGCUCGUUAAAGAUUUAGCAGUGGAGUUCCGUCCGAGGAAAUGGUUGUUGUCGGCAGCUGUUUCCCCUAGUAAGAUGGUAAUCGACGCUGGAUAUGACGUACCUGUAUUGUCAGAAUACUUUGACUGGAUCGCGGUGAUGGCCUAUGAUUUCCAUGGGCAUUGGGAUAAACAAACUGGACACGUGGCUCCCCUUUACUAUUAUCCUGGAGAUACAUACGAUUAUUUCAACGCAAACUUCUCGAUAAACUAUUGGAUCGAAAAAGGUGCUCCUUCAAGAAAGUUGGUCAUGGGUAUGCCUUUGUAUGGGCAAUCUUUCUCGCUAGCGGAUGCUGGAAAAACUGGAUUGAAUGAAAGGUCGUAUGGACCAGGUGAAGCUGGCCAAUUCACCCGCGCUGGAGGAUUCUUGGCGUUUUAUGAAAUUUGUGAGAAAGUCAACCAAAAUGGAUGGAGCGUUCAUCGAGAUCCGGAGGGGCGUAUCGGACCGUAUGCACUGCAUGGAAACCAGUGGGUUUCAUAUGAUGAUGUAGACGAGAUCCGCAGGAAAUCGCAGUACGUGAAAAAAAUGAACCUUGGUGGAGGCAUGAUUUGGGCAUUGGAUUUGGAUGACUUCAGGGGACGUUGUGGUUGUGGCAGACAUCCAUUGCUGAAAACGUUGAACCAAGAAUUGGGCAGGAUUACCACUAAGCGACCAGAUAAUUGUACCUAAUAAAGUGUUAUUACGAUAUGGAUAGUUUCCUAAUACUAUGUUCAGACUAUACUACAAAGUUAAUGAUAUGUUAUUCAACUCGAUUCAAAUAUUAAUAGAGAAAUGCCACCAAGAAAAUCGAAUAACAGAUUACAAGUCAUGGUCUGAUCAGAGUAUAAGUGUAGCCGAGUGUAUGGAAUAUGAACGAAUGAAAUAAAAUCAACAAAUAUAAA